CCGGCGGGGCGCGGCGGGGCUGACCGGCCCCGAUGAGGCGGAAGGAGAAGCGGCUUCUGCAGGCGGUGGCGCUAGUGCUGGCGGCCCUGGUCCUUCUGCCCAACGUGGGGCUCUGGGCGCUGUACCGUGAGCGCCAACCCGACGGCACCCCCGGAGGAUCGGGGGCGGCGGUGGUCCCGGCCGCCGGACUGGGCCCCCACAAUCAGCAGAAGAAGAUAUUUUUCCUGGGAGAUGGGCAAAAGCUGAAGGAUUGGCAUGACCAAGAAGCCAUCAGGAGAGACGCCCAGCGCCUAGGAAAUGGAGAACAAGGGAGACCUUACCCCAUGACCGACGCUGAGAGAGUGGAUCAGGCAUACCGAGAAAAUGGAUUUAACAUUUACGUCAGCGAUAAAAUCUCCCUGAAUCGCUCUCUCCCUGAUAUUCGGCACCCAAACUGCAACGGCAAGCGCUACCUGGAGGCACUCCCCAACACCAGCAUCAUCAUCCCCUUCCACAACGAGGGCUGGUCCUCCCUCCUCCGCACCGUCCACAGCGUGCUGAACCGCUCACCCCCAGAGCUGAUUGCCGAGAUCGUGCUGGUUGACGACUUCAGUGACCGAGAGCACCUGAAGAAGCCACUUGAAGACUACAUGGCCCUCUUCCCCAGUGUGAGGAUUCUUCGAACCAAGAAACGGGAAGGGCUGAUAAGGACCCGGAUGCUUGGGGCCUCUGCAGCAACUGGGGAUGUCAUCACAUUCUUAGACUCACACUGUGAAGCCAAUGUCAACUGGCUACCCCCCUUGCUCGACCGCAUCGCCCGGAACCGCAAGACCAUUGUGUGCCCGAUGAUUGACGUGAUCGACCACGAUGACUUUCGGUACGAAACACAGGCCGGGGAUGCCAUGCGGGGCGCCUUUGAUUGGGAGAUGUACUAUAAGCGGAUCCCAAUACCUCCAGAACUACAGAAAGCUGACCCAAGCGACCCAUUUGAGUCUCCCGUGAUGGCCGGUGGACUGUUCGCUGUGGAUCGGAAAUGGUUCUGGGAGUUGGGUGGGUACGACCCAGGCCUGGAGAUCUGGGGAGGCGAGCAGUAUGAAAUCUCAUUCAAGGUGUGGAUGUGUGGGGGCCGCAUGGAGGACAUCCCCUGCUCCAGGGUGGGCCACAUCUACAGGAAAUACGUACCCUACAAAGUCCCCGCGGGAGUCAGCCUGGCCCGGGGUACUUGGUCAGCACUCUUAAUAGGAAAUGACAGAAACCCAACUCAAAUUGGCAUAAGCAGAAAGGGAAUUCACCGACGUAUUCACAAUGUGGGCACAGGGCUGUGUGCCGACACGAAGCAUGGGGCCCUGGGCUCCCCGCUGAGGCUGGAGAGCUGCGUCCGGGGCCGUGGGGAGGCUGCCUGGAACAACAUGCAGGUGUUCACCUUCACCUGGAGAGAGGACAUCCGGCCGGGGGACCCCCAGCACACCAAGAAGUUCUGCUUGGACGCCAUUUCCAACACCAGCCCAGUCACCCUCUACGACUGCCACAGCAUGAAGGGCAACCAGCUGUGGAAAUACCGCAGAGACAGAACCCUGUACCACCCCGUCAGCGGCAGUUGCAUGGACUGCAGUGAAAGUGACCACAGGAUCUUCAUGAACACCUGUAACCCCUCUUCUCUGACCCAGCAGUGGCUGUUUGAACACACCAACUCAACAGUCUUGGAAAAAUUCAAUAGGAACUGAGCCCUGGCAUCACCUCCGCGGGCCUGGCGCUGCCGGCAGCCUUCCCCUCCCGAGGGACGCAGGGCUUCUGUGGGCAGCGUGAUGCAAAAGGUGCUGGCCAGCCGGUCGAGGGCAGAGAGGGCUCUUCCAGCUGGAGCAGGAGGCCCACCUGGUCCUUGAGGCCCAGUGGUAGCCGUGGGGUGGAGAACAGACCCCACACGAGGCCCCACAAAGCAGUGCCUGCUUUAAUCCCUGACGGCAUCAUGGAGAUCCAGAAGGGCCUUAUCGACUUUGUCAGCACGUUCCCUUGAGUGUUACGAGGGAGGAAUGCCAAGGCAGCCCUGGGCCACCCAAAAAUGGGUCUGGCGAGGUUGCCUAGCCUUGCGCUGGCUCCUACAUGCCGGCCCUUUAGAAAAAGCGGCCCCUGUUGUCCGUCUGGACGGCUCGUAGCACCUGUGCUGUCCGUCUGCUGCAGAAGGGAAGGGAGGGGUCUUUCUCGGGGCCACUGGUUUCAGCCAUCUAGUUUCUGCCUGUCAUGAGUAACUGCAGUUACCGGCUUCUGUUCCGUCACUGCCCAGGCCAUGUGUUCAGAGGCCACAACUGGACCCUAGGAGUGUUCUUUAUGGAACGCUGGCCAGCUGCCAGGCCUGGGGUCGGAAGUGGGACCCCUAGACAUUCCUUUGCCGCCAUGGACACAUGGGGUGUCUCUCCUUGCUCUCUGGUUACGUGACAGCUCAGCCACCAGCUCUUCGGGUCUGGGUUUCAGAUGGCCUUGGGCCCGUGGAAAAGGCCUAGUAGAGGACCUUCAAAUGAGAAAUUCUGGCUGAAUUUCCCUGAUCAGUGCUUCCAUUUUCCUCUUUCUUUCUUGGGCAAUUACCUGCCUCAAGAAAAGAGCAGACAUGUGAAGUGCUCACCUCACCAAGUCUGGAGGCCUCCAAGGUGGACCGUGGGCAAGAUGCCCAGCCUCUGACCUCAUCACGGCUCCAGUUCUCACAGGAAACUGUAGAAUUUUUGUAGAACUAUAUCAUACAUAGGAUUCUGGUAUUCUAGCAUUCAGUUCGGAUUUCUAGAAUGCUGUGACUUAAAAGAGCCAGGCAAGUGUAAUAUAGUCAAGGCAGCCAGCCCCCAGCCUAGAGCCAAUCUUUACUAUCCAAGGUUGCAGGUGUCAGGGGGAGGGCGUGGGUGACCUGUGUCCGUCAGCUCGUACCCAAGGCCUUGGUAUGACACAGUCCACAGCGCAGACCCAAAGCCCCACACCUUCCCCCUCUUCACAGCUGCAGUGGAGGCAACCCCGGGUCCCACGAGCAGGCGGACGGACACCCAGCUCCAUGCCGGUCCCUCAGUGUUUACCUUUUGCUUUGUGAAUUAUGUGUUAGACUCCCAGAGGGCUCCCAAACUAACAGGAAGCAUUUCUGUAGCCAACCUGCCACCUACUGAUUCAGAAAUAGAAAUCGCCUUCUACAACCUAUGGCUCCCACCAGCUAGUCCAGGAAAUACUUGAAAUCAGUGUUCUAAUUAGAGCUGGAUCUCUCGAUUGUGUCAUUUACCAAUGAAAUGAGACAUUAAUCUGGGAACAGAGCCACGAACCUGCCUUUGAGAUGCUGGCUGAUCUCAAGGCAGUCAGUUUGGGGGGGGGGGGUCGGGGAUGGGAAUAAAACACUGCCAAGCACCCCCACCCCAAUUAAGCAUGUAGCUGGCAAAGCAUCACUUCCUCCGCUUCUGCCCACACACAAGCCCCGCCCCGGCUGCCUGUCCCCAGGAGGGGUGGCCCCUGUGCGUGCCAGUGUGCUUGUCGGUCCCUCGGUGUCUUUUCCAGAUGUUUGCCAUAUCUUUAGAAGUGGCCCUCCAUAGGAAGGAGUCCACAGAUGAUGCCCCUUCUGGGAUCAAGGAGAACAAGAGUUGCAGUUUGGAGAACUGAGUUAGGAUUCAUCAUCAGAGAGCAAUGCAGCAUCAUUAAAAUAAAAACUGUGCCUUUUAAAAAGAAAAAAAAUGCAAAUGUACAGCAAAUCCCUAAACUUGAACAAUUUCCUAGUGCCUUGCUAGACAAACAUAAAGGGGCAGGGUCGGGGGAGGGGAAACAUUGUGGUGGUGUGUACAGUGUCUGUUGGAUGAGUGUGUGUUUCUUAACUUCUAAUUUCAAGCAGGAGACGUUGGGCCUAGAGCGGGAUCUAGGAGGUGGAGAGGCCCCUCAAGGCCCCCCCAGAGGCUGGACUUGCUCCAGUUCGUGCAAGGAAUCCUCCAAGUUAAAAGGGCAGCUGGACGACUCAUUUCGUCCGUGGCCUAGAGGGGCCUCAGCAACCCCUGGGCGAGGGCCCUGUUUGGAGACCAUGCCUGGAGUUCCCCAUCCCAGCCCCCAGAUGGCGUGCAGCACACUCGCUAGGCUUCCGAAAGGUCCCAUUCCCAGUGGAUGACAGUGUCUUGGGCAGAACCGGGACUGGUGCGGAAAGCAGGCGCAGCAGCAAGCGGCCCUCCACUUUCCUCCGUCCCGUCCUUGAGGCCCUCCAUUAGGAUCUGGUUUUGCCCCCUCAACAAGGGAUGGGCAGGUGCUCUGAGCAGCUCCGGGCCUUGGCAAAGUGUGUAAGAGGGGAAGGGAGGGGAGAAGUUCACCGCCCAACUGACUGAUUACAAGUACUGACCUACUGGUGGUUUUGGCCUCUGUUUUGGAAACCACUUGUCUCAAAGAUCCAGGCUCCUGCUCACACUGCCAGCUGAUGCCCAGUAAAGCAGCCAGAGCCUGUGAGAUGCUCUCGUCUGGGUCGUGGGUGAGGAUAUGGGCCCCUUUUCCUCCCUUUGUUCUGAGCACGAGGUCCCAAAGCGGGGUGCUGCCAGAAAGUAGCAUGACCGUGUGGUCCACCAACAGCCUUUCCAGAGGGGCCUCCAGAGACAUUUUGGAGCGCAGAGAGUAUCUUUGCUAUAAAUACAAGGCCCUUGGAGGUGGCGAAAUAAAUGGUCAGGCACAUGUGUGAAAAGCCAUUCCACUGUGUGCCUCCAACUGGAGCUUUCAACUUCUAAAACAGUCCAGGGACCGUCCAUUCUCCUCCUUGGGGAAGAGCUAGGUCACAGGCAGAAGGGACCACUUCCACGGCGGGUGUGGCAUUAGACCUAGGGGAGAAAGAGCAGUUCCUGUUGAAGAUGCAGCAUAUAGAGUCCCAAAGCCCACACUGUGUUCACUUUCCAGACCUACCUGUUGAAUUUCUGUCUCUCCGUAAGAAAGAGAUGAUACCCUUGAAAAUGGCUCCAUAUUUCCUUCUGUGUAUCUUCAUUUUUCUAGUCUCUGGAAUCUCAAAAGAGCGGCAAAGCACUUUACAGUAGUAACUGAGAAUUACUAUAACAGGAUUCCUUGCUUCAGCGAUCUCUAGUUUGUACAGGUUGGGUGAUCUUUUAUAAUUCCUGGGAGGCAAUGCAUUUUUAAUGUUUUCUGAAGAUUUCUAAGUGCGGGAGAGGGUCAAGGAGUGUGGUCCAGUUCGGGAAUUCUUUUCUACUUUCAACUGAUGCUCUUUGUGAAAAUCCAAGUAAUAUUUCAGUUCAGAUUUGAUCUUGAGCCAAGACCAAGGCCCGCUGCCACCUCUGGGGUGGGAGCUGGACCUACAUCCCAAGUGAAAAAGCCCUCUUACCAUCCGCUCCCCAGAUGGCUUUGAUUCAGCCACUUCAGACAACAGGCUUGGGCUCCUGCUCUGUUUUUGGCUUGAAGCCUGGGAUCCCAAAGGGACUAUAGGCAGGGAAUGUUGAGAUGGCAGACUGGGAUUCUAAAGAGCUCAAGACCACCAGCCUCUCUUCUCCUGCCUGGAACAGUGAGCCUUUGUGACAAACUGACUUAAUGUGUACAACUGUGAUUGUGAUCGUUGUUGAGUAAACCUCCAGACUUUCUGUAA